AGGGGCUGCUGGUGCGGCAGUUGGGGGAGAGCCGGUAGCCUGUGAAAGAAUGAUGAUCAGUGAUGGAGGACAGGGGGAUCUCUCACCAGUAAAGAGGUUACCCCCGUCGAAACCAGUUCGGUGAAGUGUGGGAAUUGCUGACACCGGGAGCUGCUGCGGUGGUAGACGCGUGGGUGAGGAGAGACUACAGUCCAGUACUGACAACGCCUUACCUUUCUCUGCCAGCGUUGAUUGCAUAGGAGGCCAGGAGAGUGAUAGUGUGGAGGGCUGGUGCGCCGGUCAGGCAAGUCGAUCCUCCAAAUUCAGCGGCUGGUAGAAGUAGGGACAGCCUCCCUGAGGAGCACAGACCCAUAGACCCAAAUUCGGUGUGGUAUGACUGGUCGUACGGAGAGACCUGGAAAAGAGAACAGUGAAUCUACAAGCCUGUGAGACCACAGCUACUAACGAACCAUAAAUACCGGGUUUUCAUUAACCACGUCACUGAUUUUCAGACUGCGUUAUCUGGAGAAUCGGCUGGCCGAUCGUGAUAUGGGUUAACAGGAAAUUUUCAAAAACACUACAGUUUUACAUUUUAACUGUGUGGAUAGCGAAUUAUGCUGCCAAGCAUUUGAGAAAUCUAAUCCAUGCUGCAGUUUGGAAAGAGAACAGCAGGUGGCAGCAGUACAUGCCAGUAAAAUGCAGGCUGCAGGGACAACCCUUUAUAAGCCUUAAUAAAGGAGGUCCUUGGAGUUUUCUCAACACACAGAUGCACAAUUUAGAAGCACACAUCACAUCAAUGACAGGGGAAGAAAACUUAACAAGAGGAAAAUAAAAAAAGUACAUCUUUACUGUAGAAUAAGCCUUUUUCCAUUGAGAGAGAUGAAGUAUGUUUCACUGCUAUUAAAAAGGACAGAGCAACAAUGGAUCAGAACAUAUGUGUUCUAACUCACGUCAUAUUAUAUAGAGAGAUGGCAUCUCAAGACUCCCUACCGUCAGUUUGUGCCCUUAAUAAGAAGUGACCAAUUGUGUGCUCUCUACAGCUAGUAUUCUUACAUUACUUAUUCCGCUGAAGACGUCACUGACCAUGGACUACGACAGAGUGGCUGCCCUUUACAACCAGAAUGGAGAAUUGUACCUGAGAAACUUCACCUUAAACUACAGUUACAGCGAUUAUGAAUUUGAUAGUGACGAUGAUGUGACCAAAACAAGAACUUUUUAUGCUGCAAAAAUAGUAAUUGGGGUGGCUCUUAUUUGUAUUAUGCUGAUUUGUGGCAUUGGGAACUUUAUAUUCAUUGCAGCGCUCGCAAGAUACAAGAAGCUAAGAAAUUUAACCAACCUGCUAAUAGCCAACCUGGCCAUUUCUGAUUUCAUUGUAGCCAUAGUCUGCUGUCCCUUUGAAAUGGACUAUUAUGUUGUGAAGCAGCUGUCUUGGGAACAUGGUCACAUCCUGUGUGCUUCCGUCAACUAUCUAAGAACUGUUUCACUCUACGUCUCCACUAAUGCUCUGCUUGCAAUAGCUGUUGACAGAUACUUGGCCAUUGUACAUCCACUGAAGCCUCGGAUGAAUUACAAAACUGCUUCAUUCCUGAUUGCCUUGGUUUGGAUAAUCUCUUUACUCAUUGCCAUACCUUCAGCAUAUUUCGCUACAGAGUCAGUACUCUCUAUUGUAAAAAGCCAAGAAAAAAUAUUCUGUGGUCAAAUUUGGCCAGUUGACCAACAAGUCUAUUAUAAAUCGUAUUUCCUUUUCAUUUUUGGGAUUGAGUUUGUUGGCCCAGUUUUCACAAUGACUUUGUGUUAUGCCAGGAUCUCCAGAGAACUUUGGUUUAAAACAGUUCCUGGCUUCCAGACUGAGCAAAUACGUAAACGCCUGCGAUGUAGAAGAAAGACAGUUUUGGUGUUGAUGUGCAUCCUCACAGCUUACGUUCUUUGCUGGGCCCCAUAUUAUGGAUUUACCAUUGUUCGGGAUUUUUUCCCAACGUUUUUUGUAAAAGAAAAGCACUAUCUUUCUGCUUUCUACAUUGUAGAGUGCAUUGCAAUGAGCAACAGCAUGAUAAACACAAUGUGCUUUGUGACUGUCAAAAACAAUACUAUGAAAUAUUUCAAAAAGAUCAUGCUUCUGAAAUGGAGGUCCACUUAUAAUGGAAGUAAAUCUAGUGCUGAGUUAGACAUUAAGACAACUGCCAUAGCUGUUACAGAAGAGAUUGAGUGCAUUAAACUCAAAUAAUGUAUUUGUAUGCUAUAAAUUUAUUUAAUCUAUAACUCCAUCCAAAAUUUCAAAAGGUCCCUAAGGUAUGAUAAGUACAUAGGCCCAGUUUUAUGAAGCCUUGGAGAGUGAUAAAUUGCACUGUGAUAAAGUACCAACCAACCAGCUCCUAAUUGUCAUGUUACAGGCUGUGUUUGAAAAAUUACAGUUAGCAGCUGAUUGGUUGGCACUUUAUUACUGUGCAAUUUAUCACUCUCCAAGGCUUGAUAAAUUUGUGCCAUAGGGGGGGAAUGUACUAAGCCAGGGGUAGCCAACCCUGGUCCUCGAGAGCUACCAACAGUGCACGUUUUCCAGGUCUCCUCACAUAAUCCACCUGUGGAUCUUUUCAAAUGUAACAGUAAUAACUGCACAUGUGCACCUGCCAGGUGAGCUGGAAAACAUGAACUGUUGGUAGCUCUUGAGGACCAUUGUUAGCUACCACUGUACUCAGCAGUGAUAAGCAUGUAGAAAUUAGUCAGUGAAGAAGUUACCCAUGGCAACCAAUCAGCUGCUCUGUAUAAUUUAUAUUAGUAUGCAAAUUAUAAGUGUUACUUCAAUGCUGAUUGGUUGCCAUGAGCAACUUCUCCACUGGCUCACUUCUCCGCUCUUUUCACUGCUUAGUACAUAUCCCUCACAGUUUGAUAAGUACACUGUUCUGCUUGCCAGUGUUAGAGCCAUUUUCGACUAUAGCGGUUCUUGUACAAAAGCUCCAAUGGUCCAUAUAUUCAUUCCUUUCCCCUAAUAAAGUGAGUCUCUUUGACACAGGCUGUGCAGCUGUUACUUGGCAUUGUCAAACUCACUUGAGGUCAUUCUUUCUUUGCUAAGUAUGACUUGUACAACUUGUGUACAUUUCUACGUUGUACUAAAUGUUUUGUAGAGCACAUGAUAUGGUUUUCACUCUCAAUAGACACUGAAUGUAAAUAAGCAAAUGCAAUGUGCACCAUUUAUUUUAAAUGCCAUGUUUUACUUCAGAAUGAAAGUACUCUACUAACGAUUCUCACAAUCAGUGUUUCAGUAAAUGUACAUCCUUGAAUUACUGUAUGUGUCUUAUCAGCAGUUUAUUUUUACUAAGCGCUAACUGUCGGCUUGUGAAAAUAAUGCACCCAAGGGGAGUACAACAUUUGGAAGAGCAGUAUAGUAAACUACAGUAUGAGAGGAGAGAUUAUAUAAUAUGUUUUCUCCAUCCAUUUGCUAUCAUAAAGAAAUGUUACGCAUUGAAAACUUGCUAUAUUUUCAAUUUAUAAACAGUUACCUGCAGCAUUAAAACAAUUUUUUAUUUUACUUUCAAAAGUAUGAAAAUUUAUCGUCUAUUUUUAUUCUUGUUUAUUUGUAUAACACCACCAUGUUAAACAGCAGUUACAAGAGAUUAUUGAAUUAUUUAUGUCAUUGCUAACCACUUCACUACCAUAUCAUCCGUCCAUAUAUAUGUUAUGUUAAUUUUAAUGGUGUCUGCCCAUUUAUGUAAACAAAAUGGAAAUUAACUUUUAAAUAAUGUACAGGGUUUUUAUUCUGUGUUUUAACUUUUGUGUUAAGUAUGGUGUUUGCUCGUGUACUUUCUUAGGGCCAAAUAUACUGUACUAAGCCUUAAAAGGUGAUCAAAUGGAAAGUGAUAAACUACCAACCAACCAGCUCCUAACUGUCAUUUUUGAAAUACAGACUGUAACAUGGCAGUUAGGAGCUGAUUGGCUGGUACUUUAUCUCUCUCCACUUACUUUCAAGGCUUAGUGCAUACUCCCUUAUUGUUUGAAUGACCAGAUAUAGAUUUCACCUUAAUGAUCUGAACAAUUUCUGCAUUUUGGGCGGCUGCGAUAGCAAAUUUGACAUUGUUAAUAUAAAGAGAUAUUUGUUUAUAGACUAUUGGAUUAAAUAUUUUAAUGUUACAAAUAAAUACACUUUUAAUGAA